AGAGCUAAGUUCCAAAGUGAAUUUAAAUGUGAUUCCAGAAAGAGCUAGUCCUCGGCGAGGUAUUCUCUUCGAGAGUCAACCAUAGUCGAAGCUCUUUCUAUAAAUUCUCAUCAACAAUAUAACCACCUUUAUCAGAGAGCUACGACAGAUCUCCACUCUCGAAAUUCUGGUAUGCUCAGACGACAUAAACGAUACCGCUCACCUUAGUCUACACUACAAGAUCUCGGAUACUAGAUAUCAAUCCCUUCGACUUUGCCUGCCAUGUCAUCAUCAUCAAACUCUGGGUCGAUACCAUCAGUUGGAAUCUCAGCUUUCGAUACCUCCCUCCAAAGUAUACAAGAUCCAACAACAAUGUCGACUUCAGCCAGCUCAGCUCCUAAUCCAUCUACCUUUGACUCUGCUGUCCAGAUGCCUGCCCACGAGAAGGAGCUCAGAUUCACCCUCUUCCCAAAAUUGCCACUCGAGCUUCGUGAUAUGAUUUGGGGCCACAGCUGCAACGAAGAGCGCAUCAUCGACGUCCGAGCUGUGGUCAUCAGUGGCCUUGAGAACGAAGAUUUCUUCAUGCGUCCAGAAGACAACCAAACACCAAAGCCUUUCCAAGUCAAGAGCUUCACUUACACUGUUCCGUCCGUCCUUCACACUUCAAAAGAAGCCCGUAAGAUCGGUUUACAACAUUACUCUCUCGAGUUCGGCACCAAAAUCGAACGAAAGGUCGGUCCGGCGACCAUCAAAAUCUCAACUCCAGCUCGAAUCUACGUCAACUGGAACCGCGAUCUUAUCUUCCAACUACCUCCUCCAGACAAGGAUACCAGCGUACAGCGCGACCCAAUACCAUUCCAGAAGGAGAUGAACGAUGCAAUGUGUAAGGACCUGAUGGUCAACCGCCCUAAACUUCGCCGCGUCGCUUUCAGCAGCUCGCCUGCCGAGUCCUUCACAGGCGUUAACAUUUGGGCUCUUAACAUCUUGCAAACUGGACGAGAUAAUUGUGUAUCCAUACGUCUGGUCGGCAUAUGAUAUCCUCGAGGAACAUGGAUCAGCCACUCGCAUUGGAUUUCUAGACUUGACUGAGGAGACGGAAGAAAGAUUUUAUGAUGAGGUCGAGGGCGGGGAUGUCGAUGGGGUAUGCGAUGUUGCGGUGGCAAUCCUGGUCCGCGUUUUGGUAUUGGAUGUGCGUUCUCGAAUAACUCCAGUGGAUGGUAAGAUUGUCAAAAGGAGAAAUGAAAGCUGCUUUAGGAAAGUCAUGACCUUUGAGACACCAGACAGGAGUGGAAGUUAUCUUGGUCGGUACGGGUGGUAGUCAGGAGGUUAUGAUCAUGGGAGAUAGUGAUUAUCCUUGUCACAUGGGACUAUCUACUACUCCACAUGGCUCGUCAUACCAAUGGGUAUGAUUUUAUGGUUGAGAUGCCCUUUUAUGGUCUUCGAUUAAAAACUAUUAUUCUCUGGCUUCUCAGGAAUAUCUACUGCCACCAAACCUUUCCUCCACUCAUGUCAAUAAGACCUGUGACUUCGAACAAGCUUCCCCGAAAUGAUAGUCAAAUAAUUUCUCGCAGUUGCCGGUGCUCACAGUUUGAGUAUGCGAAAGAAAAAUGGAGAUGUAUUAUGUCUACCGUAAUUUUAUGUCGAUUGAUGACUCUUUGGCCGAAACAAACUUUUACUCCAAUCCAAGAGUGAAUACGCAAUUUCUUGAGAACGUCAUGCAGUGUCUUCUUUGUUACCAU